UACCUUCUGCUUCUCGAAUGGCCGUUAGGGAGGUAGGAGAUGAGCUUUGUUGCUGGCUUGUCAGAGCAGCGAUGGGUUUCCCGUUCCUGUUAAGUGGGUCCGACUGCUGUACCUUCGAAGUUGAGGUGCAAGAGUAGUCCUCCGGCCGCGGCGGAGUUAGUUAGCCCGUCUCGCACUCGACCAUCACCUUUUGAUAGAAAAUUAAAAUUGAACCUUCUUCCUCCUUACCUCUGAUAGACACCUUCAGAGUUGUAGGCUUUGGAAGGUAUUAAAAAGAAUUGGGGAGAAAUUACAAAGGAAAUCUCACGGGAGUUACUGCAUUUCAUUAUACAAAUAACGCAUAUGUGCGUUU